UGUAACGCCUCGAUCAGGCCAAAAACUUUGCAAACUUCUUAAUCAGAACAAAAUCACUCGUAAAGGCGACUUCUUAAAUUCUUAUAUUAUUUUUUUAAAUCCCUUCUUAGAACUAUUAACUCUACGAGCAAAUACGAUUGGGGAGAUUUAAAUGCCAGCAUUAAUUUGGUUUGGCCGCCGCUGGCGUAUUGCUUCAGAUGAUUUUCCACUCCCUAGUGUGUGUGCUUCCAUUCUCUUAAUCUUUUCCUGGAUAUUAUCCUUUAUCUACUCCUACCCCUAUGAUUGUGGAGGCAACGUAUUUUAUCAUGACAAAAGUCCCGCGUCAAACUGCGAGGAGGUACCCUCGAGGAUUAAAAUGGCGAUUUUAGCCCUGUUAAUUAUUAUACUCGUGACAGUCGUUUGCUUCCUCUUGACAGGCCUCAUCAGCUUGCGAGGCGCGAUAUUUGAGGAAUCUAAACGGCGUUUCGUGCCCGUCUUUCUGUACAUCGACACCGUCUGUGUUGCGGUGAUGUUAGUAGUGGUGGUUAUUUGUUUUAAAUACAUUGUGUAUGACAAAGGACUCGAUCCGUUGAAAAAUCAUGCAAAGGUGAUUAUGCUACUUUCUCUGAGUUUGGACCUGUUGGUUUGCUUUGCCUAUAUCAUUUUUUUCGCGGUGAUGUAUGACUGCAGUGGAAGGAAGACGUACACCAGCUUUGAGGACUAUGAGAAGGAGUGGGUGAAGCGUUUUUCGAUUAUCUACUGUGCAUUCCCGCGAUCGCAAAGGAAGGAUCCCAGCUUCGGGAUGGUGGCGAAAAUUCUCGCGCAGGCCUUUGGUGCCUGCGACGUCGUACCGAGUGAUAUUGCCGCGGGGUUGUUACUCCUUCAUGGAUACCAGAAGUGUUCUCGACGAAUUAUCUCCCAGAGCCUUUCCUACACUCCCCUGGAGGAUGGCUGGGUUGAGAAGGUCUGCAGUGAGGCACGCUUAGUCUUGCGGCUCACUCCAGAGCAGCGCGACGUGGUACGGGAGCUCGAUCAUUACAUGGUGUACUCUCAGGCGAUUCUUGGUUGGAUGUUUUACGAAUAUUCGCACUUUGGAUACGGCCUUUGUUCGUUGUGGUGCUCCGAGCCCCAGAGUUGUUGUCAGCGCCCCAGCGAUAUCCAUAGCAGCGUCACGUGCAGCUUUGACCUCACAGCCCUGCGAAGGAUUUCAGGGCUGCUCGAGGAGGAUAUUAUCCUGACGAACUGGGCGAAUGAGCCGUUUAAACCCGUCUACUACGUCGCGCAUGAUCCUCGCACACAUGCGAUAUUAAUCGUGGUGCGGGGGACGAUGUCGCUUGCGGAUUGCAUCACCGAUCUCCUCGCCAUCCCCGAGGUGCUCAAACUGGAUGACGCCGACGAUGAGCGGUACCACGAAGAGGACUAUUACGUGCACAUGGGGAUGCUGAAAAGCGCCCAGUACAUAUUGGAUUCCCUGAUGACGAAAGGGAUUCUGACGAUGAUCGAAAGCGGGCCCUUCGCGGACGCGAAGAUUCGCGUGAUCGGGCACUCCUUGGGCGCCGGCGUCGCGCUUCUUCUCUCGGUGUUGAUAUGGUCGUCUAGACGGGAGCUUCGCUCGCGCCUUCGCUGCCUCGCGUACGCCCCUCCCGGCUGUACGAUGUCGAAGGCGGUGAUGGAGUACUGCAAGAGCUACACCGUCGGCUGUUUUCUCGGCUACGAUCUCGUUCCCCGGAUCGCGCCACACACCUUCGAGAGCUUCCGCGAAUCCCUCUUUGACGUCAUGGCGGCCUCGACGAUCCCUAAGACCCUUCUCUUCUUCAACCUGUGGCGAACGAGGAAAGUGGCGCAGUCGUUCCAUCCUUCCGCGCAGAACCAUGAGCCGGCGAGGAAUAUCUUAUUGCCGGAGUGUCUUGCCUGCCGAAAGGAACUCCGCUCGAGCAUCUGCGCGCCGGUGAAAGAUCCCCGACAGCUUUUCCCCUGCGCGACGCUCGUUCACCUGCGCAAGGUGGUGGCGCGUUCCCUUCCUUCUUGUUUGAAGAUCGGGCGAUGCCUACCGUUCGCGCGAAAGGAGAUCGUCUACAUUCCCUGCUUCGAGGACCCAUCCGAGGUGCAGACGAUUAUCGCCUCACCGAGUAUGUUCUCGGACCACAUGCCCGAUCGCCUCUGCGAUGCCAUCUCGGAAGUCGUUUGCCGGAUGGAUACAGGGGAGCUGGAGCGCUUUUACGUGGAUGAACUGCAGAGCGACGUACCGGAGGAUAUCGCACCUAUGAUUUUCGUGCACCCCAACUCGGAAGAGUUGGGUUGUCAACUACAGGUCUAA